UUAAAAGUACAUAAAAUCAAGACUACAUUUUUUGUUUCUCACACACCGAUUUCUUAAUUAUUGUGGAGGGACCUGCAUAUUAGCAACAUGCAGCUCUAAAAUGUGAGGUACUGUGGGACGCACAAGCUGAACUGCUGCUCCUCUGCAGGUGAAAACCGAAUCUGCAUCAAGUGGACGUAGAAAACAACUUUCUAUGUGAAAAUCACGCUGUGCUGUUACUUGCUUUGGCAAGAAUAAAAAGAAAAUUAGCCCACAUAUGUGACACCCAGAGGGGUACAGCAGGACAGAGGGCUGGCUACUAGCUGUGUGAGGAGCCAGAUCAGAUCAGAGGUGGUAAACAGUCUGAUCCCCUCACUGACAGUCAGGAGCUGGACUGAGGCCAGCAGGGUCACAGAUCAUCUUCCACGUCUCUCCUUUUACCAUCUCUGCCUACAAACAGAAAAACCUACAGAGGCGAAAACAUCCAAGGAACAUCAUCUGACUCGAUCCGCAGACGUCGGUUUCUGGAUAAGCUUUGGGACUUCAACUCCUCAAGCUGGAUUUCCCUUCUUUGGGCUUAUUUCUUAGUCACAUUUUAUAAUUUUAAUCAACAUUUUUUGGGCUGUUUUAGUGUUUUUUUUUUUUUUUUUUAAAUUGUUAAAUACUAUACGUGUUCUGGACGUCAAUGGCAGUCGGUGUGCUUGACUCACAAACAAAAAGCUCCUUAAACGGGAGCACAUUUUUUGAGCGUGGCUCUUUGAAAGAGCAGGAACUUCCACCUCCCCUCCGGAGCUACCUUUGUUUGACCAUGUUGACGUGCUUUUGUCCAGCAUACCCUGUCAACAUAGUGGCCCUGGUCUUCUCUGUCAUGUCCAGAAACAGUUACUAUCAAGGUGACUAUGACGGUUCCAGGAGGCUGGGCAGGAGCGCCUUAUACGUCGCCAUAGCAUCAAUCAUCAUCGGCCUUCUCGUCAUCGCCAUCACCUGCAUCGUUCAUUUCGCCACAAUGGAUCAUUAGCACUGAGAGGAGGGGAGAAUAAAUAUGAGACAAAGCAACAGAAACCGCUGGAGAAUGGUAUCUGGACUGGCUCAUGUUACUUUCCCCGCCGUUGACGGGAAAUGACUCAUUUCUACUGCUUUCUAUAGCUCACUUUAUCAUCUUUCCUCUUUUCAUUUGAACAAUCAAUAUAAAUGUGAUAUAUUUCUACGCUAGGUACCCCACUUGAUUUCUACUCAAAUGUAGAAUUCUAGAAGCAACGGAAAUCUAAGAAUUUUAGUUUCUACAAGGCAAAGACAGUGGUGUAUCUUUUCAGCACAAAUUCAGUCUGAAGACAGUGCUCCAAUCUGUAGCUAAUUUCUUGAAGCCAUUCCUUGAAUUUAAAAAGAUCAACAUUUAUCUGCCCUACCCAAAUAGAAUGCUCUGUUGUGUUUCCUAUUUUGAAGAGAGCCAGAAAGUCAUGUAUUAUUUAUUAAUAGUCCUUUUUGACUCUCUAAUUAUCCUAAAAGAAAAAUCCACUUCCAUUUGUGCCAAGGAUUAUUGUCCGGGAGAUUUAGCAUAGUAAGUACAGUACACCAAUGAAUUGGAGGACGUUUUCUGAAAACCGCAGUAUGAAAUUAUACUAUGCACUUAUGGUUCGAUUUAUUUUAAGGCUUUUUACACAUCUUUACCUGAGGUACCAAUGAUUAUGGAGGUGUCUGUAUUUGAGUGUGUUGAUAUUACAAGGUAAAUAACUUUUCUCGGUAAAGUAUGACUUUUUCUAUAGCAAAAAUGUGUCUUUUCAGCAAAGAUUUUUGUUUACAUUCAACUUAUUCAAAUACACCAUGCUAUAAAAAUUUUUUUUGAACUCUAAUAAUUUUCUUGUUUUUGAUCAAACUUGGUGUUGCAGAUGACCACGCAUAUUUUAACAUCAGACAAAGACAUCCUGUCAGGUCCUGGAUUGUUUUGGGGUUUGAUUUUUGUUUCAAUAUUCUGUGUUCCUUAGGCUUUUUGUUUGAUUAGCUUUGUUUUUGUUUUACUUUAGUUCAGUGCUUUCUUAGUGAUUCUAGUUUAUUAUAUUUAUUUCUUGUGUCUAGUUAUUCUGUACUUAAAUAAUCUUUCCUACGUUUAGUUAUUUUUUAAAACAAGAUUAAUUUUUUUAGUCCCCGGUGUGCUCUUCUCAGCCUGCCUUAUGCUCUCUCCCCUCACACCUGGAACCUGUUAGAUAAUCAGCCCAGGUCCUUUGUUUCGUCAUUCACUCUCCCAGUACUAAAACACCUUUUUCCCCUCUCAGUCUUUGCUGGUUCCUCCUGCUAGAUCCUGUUCCCAGUCAUGCUUUUUAUGACUUUGUUUAUCCCUGAUGCUUUUUGUUCUCCUCUGAGUCCGUGUUCUCCCAUGUUUUUCUCGUUUUUUUUAGCCUUUGUUCAUAUUUUUUCAUUAAAUCUUCAAAUCUACUCGCCACCUCAGCCUCUCUGCUUUUGGGUCCUCUUCAACCAACACAUCAUGACAUAUCCUAAGUAAUUACAAAAUUGUGUUUUCAAAUUAUGAUUUAACUUCUCAAACAACUGACCAAAUCACUUGGCCCUAUGUGAAAAGGCUCCUGAAUCUAACAGCUGUCACCAAGUAUUUGUGAUAAUUGGUGAUCUAUUUUAUUGUUGUGGAGGGCCCAGCCAUUGUACUUUUUCAGGUAUAUCCAAAUUGGUUAUUGGACAGCCUGUUUAUUUUAAUAAAUAACAUCAUUAUAUGAAAACCUUUUUUAAAAUUCAGUUUAUGUUUGAAAUUAUUUUGGGAAUGAUCUGAAAUAUAUAUAGGCAUAAUAAAAAACAAAACAAAAUCAGUAGCAAUCUGACUUUAAGGUGGAAAAUGCAUUUUCACAUUUCAGUUCAGUUAGCAGCUCAGUGAAAGAAAACUUUAUUUCUAAAAUGUAUUUUACAUUACUUUUGUAUUCCAAGAACACUUUGUUUUUUAAUUACGUUAGAUUCAUUCUUUGGACACUUGGAGGUCAUACUUAAGUGAUGUAGUAAAUUCAGCCUUGAUUUGGACUUGGAACAUCCAUUAUUUUAAGGAUACUCAGAAUUCAUACAGCUGAUUGUCAAUUUUUUUUUUUACAAUGUUAAGAGUUUUUACACAGUCUAAAAACUUGCAUCACUAUGUGUGUGAAGUAACCUUUGAACUAAAAAGUUGAUUAAAGUCUGAAUAGCCGGUUUAAAAGAUCUAACGCUUUAAAUCUUUUGAAGUACCCAAAAGGACUCCUUUCCUUACUUCACUCUGGAAUUACAAAGAAAAACUACAAUGUCACUUUGAUUUUGCUAUAAGUGUUGAUGUCAACUCAUCCUCAGCUCACAUACCUGCUCAGAGUGACAGAAGUUUUUACCUGCAGAGUUCAAACCCUGACAGAGGUCUGUAGUUCUUGUCUUUGUUGUGUGUCCUGUCAGUCAUGUUAGGGAGGUUCUGGUCUGGAUUUUUUCAACACCAGUAUUGAUUCAACUCAUUUGGAGACUUCUAGUCUGAUUCUUUGCCAAAAUUAUGCCAUGGUCAUGAAGUAAAAUUACAUGUUUCACGGCUACUGCUUUGAUAUUGUGCCCUACUUAGCUCACACACCAACCAUGUUUAUGACAGCUUUAACAUGCUUCUCCAAUAUGAUUUUAACUUUCUAAAGAAAGCUGCUGUAGGCUAAUAUUCUAACACAUAACAUGAAACAAACAUGAACACUUCUUUCUAAACAUACAGUGGAGGUGUCAAACUACCGUCUUCAAAAAGCUCAAGAGUCCCUUCUGCUAAUAUCUUCAAGGGAAGCAGACUGCUGAAGUACUAGGCUAACAUUAGCAUGGUUAUGCUAGGUUCUUUAUGUGUCUC